CCGCUGGAACCAGCACAUUGGUCAAGAGUAGACUGUCUAGUCGUUGCGAUUAGCUCUAGGUCUUGGAGAUGGAACUAGUCUGACCACUUGGUCAUACUGCUAGCUUGCCCAUUACGCCUAAGCAGCUGAGAAGUGGAGCUUCGAUUUGGCCUUCAAACAGCCAGUCAAUGAAUUUCAUUCAUGUCCCGAGUUUUCGCUUGCCGGAACCGCCAGUUCGGGUAAUUCCAUCUGGUGCAGCAGGCAACUCGCGGAAACACACAGAAAUUCGGCGACUGACACAUCUUGCCAAUCGUAUAGCCCCCGGUCCUUCAAAGCUGUUCAUGGCAUGGCGCGUUGCUGCACUGCUUCACAUCCACCUAACCCGUUGGCACACUGGACCAUACCACAGCACUUGCUACCGGUGUGUGACGCUCCGCGUCUGGUCUGACCAAGCGCAUUAACCUCCAGCCAUGGGUCGCAAUCCCUUGGUCAUGA